AAUUAUGUAAAAUAUUGAUACAUUUCAGAUUUCACAAUGCUGGCGGCUAUGUUAAUUAUACAUAUUGGAUUAAUUGGCGGAGUAAAGCUGGAAUAUCUUAAAUCUGAAAAUGUAUCUGAAAAUGGAAUCAACUUCAUCAAUGUUUACAAAUUUAAAGAACGAGGAGAUAUUGCACAUGUCGAGGAAGUAGAAUACGAUGAUUUACGAUAUUUUGUUUUCAAAGGUUCGAAUCCUAUCCUUGCUAAAUUCUGGUCUUCAGCCUCGUUUAGACUAGAUCUAGCUUCUGUAGAUUAUCAGGUUUAUAUUGGACCUAACAUAAGCACGGUUCAUCAAAUGCAUCAAUUAAGUGAGUCCGCUUGGAUUUAUACCCAAUUGCCUUGGAGAGCUAAAGAGUUCAAAAUGAGUCCAUUUCAGGAUACAGUAGUUGGUGUUAAGACGACCCACGCAUACUCAAUGACAUUGCAAACUAAGACUGUUAACUUUGUGAUGACGCUGUUUACUGGGCUUGGAAUCUUUAUCUUCCUGAUGGCACCUCGUCUCAGUAGGAACCAGUUUUUUCACUUCACAACUGGUAUAUCUGCUGGCAUCCUUCUCUCCGUUCUUAUCCUCACAUUCAUGGUUCAGAAGCGGCUCAGGGACAAUUUUUAUUUCAAUUAUACCUGGUACAAGGAAUAUCUGACCGAGCAGUACUUUCAUUGGGUUGUAGGAUAUGUGCUGGGAGCUGGACUACUGAGCUUUGCAAUUAUCUACCGUCUCGGCCCUCCUUCUAAUCCUAGAACAGUUAAUCUAAUACAGUGGACUAUGCAAGGGGUAAGUUUGGUCUGUAUAGUUCUAUCAAGUUACCACCAGGUGGCGAGCCUAAGUCUAGCUCUUCUAAUCCUAACCUGGGCCUCUAUACCUGGAGCAGUUAAAUCCUCAGCUCAGACAAGGUUCAGGAAAACGUUUCUUCGACCCAAGGUUAAACUUCUCACAGAGGAGGAAUAUAUAUCUCAGAGGAAUGCUGAAACUAAACGAGCUCUAGAGGAGUUAAGAAACUACUGUAGGAGUCCUGAGAGUAAACCCUGGCAGACUGUUACUAAACUGAGAACUCCAGGAAGGUUUGCCGAGUUUAUAGAGGGAUCCCCGCACAUCACAGAGGAGGAGGUUAUGGAGUACAGUCAUUGGGACGAUUCAAUUGAAACAGAUGACGAUUCCAGGUCAUCUUUGACAGACGAGGAUAAUGAGCUGGGGAACAGAAGCUUUGAUGGGCAAACUGAUAACUAGUUAUAUCUCCUACAAGACAAGUUAUCAAUGGUUCAAGACUAGUAAUCUCAUUUGGUAGAUGAGUUAUCACUGCUUUCAGCUUUAGUUUGUUUAAGACUAGUUGUAUUAUUGGAUUUUUUAUUUGAAUCAGUUACUGGUAUCACUGAUUCCGAUUUACUAGCUGGAAACUAGUUACCUCAGAUACUGAAAACUUUUGCUAUUUUAUGCCAAGCCAUUUCCUGGUUAUAACUCUGUAUUAGAUAAAUAUUUAGCUGAUCUAUGAAUGUUGUAAUUUUCCAGCGUCAGCACCUAGCUGUAUAUAAUCUAGUCGUAAGAUCCAUCAGGAGUAAUAUCCGACUAGGGAUAAAUAUUUUCCAGUAUCCAUCUCCAAUAUCAGUUAACAAUUUUUAUCUCAGAAUUAAUUAAUUAUCAUUAAUUAAGUAGUGAAAAAAAUGUUAAAAUAAAAUAAUGAUAAUGCCCAACAAAUAAAUCCUUAUUUAAACCAUCAUUACCUAUGCUUUAAAUUAAGAAAUAUUUAACCACGUUUUACUUUUGCACCUAAUCUUAAAGUUUUAAUUUCUAUUAUGUCAUCUUUCUUUGUUUUGUCACGCUAAAUUAAAAAAUACGAAUCCCUUCCUUUGAACAAGAAAAGAUUUAAUAAAACUUUUUGAUUAUUAUUUUAUUCAGUUGAAGAUGAUUUUGUGAAAGGAUUUAAAACAUGUGUUGAUAGAUAUGUUUUUAUGUUAAUACUACAUCCAGUGUAAAAUGUUAUAACUUAAAAUAAAAAUAGAUAAAUUCUAGUGGAUGUUAAUUAAAAUAUUUUUUCAG